AUGCUGCGCUGGGGAGGCGCGGGGCUGUCGCGCGGCCUGCGGGCCGUCCCGUCCGCAUGGCUGCGAGGUCCGCGCGGACUCCCGCUGGCCCUGGCGCGCAGUGCAGGGGCUCUGGGCGCGCGGGACCGGCGAGCCCCGGCCCCCGGGACGCAGCGCGGCCGAGCUCUCAGCCUGUCGGCCGCGGCCGUGGUGAACUCGGCGCCCCGCCCGCUGCAGCCUUACCUGCGCCUCAUGCGCCUGGACAAGCCGAUCGGAACCUGGCUGCUGUAUUUGCCAUGCACUUGGAGCAUUGGUCUGGCUGCUGACCCAGGCUGUUUCCCAGACUGGUACAUGUUAUCCCUUUUUGGCACUGGAGCUAUUCUGAUGCGUGGAGCAGGCUGUACUAUUAAUGACCUGUGGGACCGUGACUUCGAUAAAAAGGUUACGAGGACAGCAAAUCGCCCAAUUGCUGCUGGAGACAUUUCAACCUUCCAGUCCUUCGUCUUCCUUGGGGGACAGCUGACCUUGGCACUGGGCGUUCUCCUGUGUUUGAACUACUACAGUAUAGCAAUGGGAGCAGCGUCCUUACUUCUUGUCGUCACCUACCCACUAAUGAAAAGAAUCACGUUUUGGCCUCAGUUGGCCUUGGGGUUGACUUUUAAUUGGGGCGCGUUACUUGGAUGGUCUGCUGUCAAGGGCUCCUGUGACCCUGCUGUAUGCCUGCCUCUGUAUUUUUCUGGAGUUAUGUGGACACUGAUAUAUGAUACUAUCUAUGCCCACCAGGACAAGAAAGACGAUGCUCUGAUCGGCCUAAAGUCCACAGCACUGCUGUUCCAGGACAACACCAGGCAGUGGCUCAGUGGCUUUGGGGUCGCCAUGGUGGCAGCGCUGAGCCUGGCAGGAGCCAACAGUGGUCAGACUGUCCCCUACUACGCUGCCGUGGCUGCGGUGGGAGCCCACCUGGCUCACCAGAUUUACACUGUAGACAUCCACAGAGCUGAGGACUGCUGGGACAAGUUCACCUCCAACCGCACUGUAGGAAUGCUCCUGUUCUUAGGGAUUGUCCUUGGAAACCUGUGCAAAGAGAAGACGGAAGAAGCAAAAGAAGCCGAAGCCGUUAGAGUGGGAAGUAAGCAGACAAGCUGAGCUUGGUCCCUCAAGAAGCAGAGGCAGGAAAACCGUGAGGUCAAGGCAUCAAGCGGCAUAGUCUCAGAGAAGCACACCGGCUAGAGUGGCAGCUCAUGGGAAGUGUGCGUGGGUACCAUGCAGUAUGCCCAGGGCUCUAGGUUCUCUCCUAGCAAAUACACUCAUUGGUAAAACUCUCAGGGCUUAAGACCACGUUGUUAGGUUUGGAUGAGCAAUCUGUUAAAGAAGUAAGAAGCACUUGGGCAGCGUGUGCUGGACUUUACUGCAGCUGCUUUCAACCAACCCCCUGUCACAGCGCCUGUCCCAGGGACCUGGGGUUGGUUAGACCCCAGUGUUUGCGUUCUGCAACCUUCUGUCCUUGUUCCUUCUCAUCGGAAGUUUCAGGAACUUCAGAAAACAACUUGCGUAACUCAUCUAACGGAUUUUAUGAAAUGGCUGUGUGCUUUAUUUCUCACCAAGAAUCUCCUGUGAGAAGUUGGGGCACAUUAUUCUUUAUUGUGACCUGUACUCACUGCGAAAGCUCUAAUUCAGGAAGCCAUUCUGAUUCUAGAUGUUUCAGAAAGAUGUAAGCAAAUAAAGUUGUUAUUUA